UUAGAGAACGGUCAGGAAGACACGUUACGAAUUGUUAUUGGUUUACACGAAUUUUACUGUUUUUAUCAAUUGACAUUGGAAGAUGCACGUUGACGGUUGAUCGUGUUACAUUACACGUUGCAUCUCUUUUAAGGUGUAGAAAGACGUUCUCGCAAAAGUUGACAUUUUAUUAUAUCCUGUGCGCGAUAACAAUUGAAAAAAAAAAAGAUGAUAAAAGUUUUGUUAUUUGCCGGUUUCUUUUUGGUGAACGUUCUUGGAAAAUCUGAGGACAUAGAUCUAAAGCAUCUGAAGUGUUUAGUUUGUAGAACGAUUAUGAAAGAAUUCGAAGCCGAAGUCUUCAAAGCCAAUCCGAACAAAGUAGUUGAAGUGGGUAGUUUUAGACUAGAUGCAAAUGGAAACGCUAUGCACAAAACGGUUCCAUUAAGUCAAUCGGAAAUGCAUCUAUCCGAUAUAUUAGAGAAUCUUUGUGGAAAAUUUGGAGAGAACUACGUGAGAGCAAGAAAGAGAUCCAACAAUCAACUAAUACUUAUGAACCUCUUUUCCCCAUCGGGUGGUAUGAAUUCUAUGAUGAGCGAAGUGGACAUAGUUCAGGAUGGCGAUCUCAACAAGAGUCUGGAGCAUUAUUGCAACGCUAUUGUGGAAGAGUUUGAGGAGGACAUAGUGGCAAUAUACGUGAGCGAUGCGGACGAUAAGAAAGAGGGAUUUUGCAGAGAUAUCUCAGGUUUAUGUGAAAAUUAUCCCGAUGACGAAGACAAGACUGAUGCUACUUCCGAUAGCAACUCCGAAGCAGAUUUUUUAAUAGAUAGAGAUGAAUUAUAAAAAUAGUUCUACAAAAGUAGUUUUAUAAUUUAUCUAUAUAUAUA